UGCUGAGGACCCAUGUUACUGUUGUGCUGUUGUCGUCAGUGUUAAUAACAGUGAGACAACACACUGGAUGUCAGCAGCUCUUAUUUUCCAAGGACGGACAUCAGAUGACUUCCUGUUAUGUCUGACUGUCUGCAUGGUCAUGACACAGCCCCCCCCCCACACACACACACACACACACAGACAGUCUGACUCUGAGCAGACGGACACAUACACACAGAAACACACAGACACACAGACACACACAGAGACCCACACAGACACACACACAGAGACAGACACAGGCAGUGGAUCACAGCCGAGCAGAGAGAGCUGCGUCCUGGUGACCAUGUCGGUGCUUGACUCCGCCCCCAGCAGUGGUGACCCCUGCCUCAGUAUCGUUCACAGCCUCAUGUGUCACCGACAGGGCGGAGAGAACGAGGGCUUCGCUAAGCGGGCGAUCGAGAGCUUGGUGAAGAAGCUGAAGGAGAAAAAAGACGAGUUGGACUCACUCGUUACCGCGGUUACCACCAACGGGGUCCACCCCAGCAAGUGUGUGACCAUCCAGAGGACGCUGGACGGACGCCUGCAGGUAGCAGGUAGAAAGGGUUUCCCUCAUGUGAUCUACACUCGUCUGUGGCGAUGGCCUGACCUCCAUAAGAACGAACUCAAACACGUGAAGUUCUGUCAGUUUGCGUUCGACCUGAAGUACGACAGUGUGUGUGUGAACCCUUAUCACUACGAGAGGGUGGCGUCGCCCGCCAUUGCAGGUCCUCAGACUCUGAUAAAGGAGGAGUUCAUUCAGGACUGUGUAAAGAUCGACCUGCCCCCCCACCCUGACCCCUACAACCAGCCCCGCCCUGUCAACGUGUAUCCCAGCAUGCCUCUGUCUCCUCCAGGCUGCAGCUCCGUGUGUGGUAGAAGAGGCGUUUGUGGGGGGGUUGGGGAUGUGGCUGUUGGUGGUGAGGGCCCAGGUUGCCUUCAGAUUGCCCUGCCUCAGAGCCAGGGGGGUCAGGCCUCGCCACCAAAAUGGAAUCCUCCCGUCACCCCACAGCCUCCUCACCCGUCCACCCCAACCACACUACACCAGCAGAGCCCAGAGUACAGCAACCCCUCUAAAACUGCCACCUGGACAGGUAAUGACCUCGCCCGCUACAGCGAUGUAGGACCUCUACAGAGUGGGCGGAGCCACCAGCAGCCUCGAUUACAUCAUCCUCAUCACCCCCCCAAUACUCACUUCUGGUCUCAGCAUCACAGCACCACUCCGUAUCCACAACCUGUGUCCAACCACCCAGGUCCAGAGUUCUGGUGUUCAAUCUCCUACUUUGAGUUGGACAUCCAGGUUGGGGAGAUGUUUAAGGUCCAGUCCAGCUGUCCCCUGGUGACCGUGGACGGAUACGUGGAUCCUUCAGGAGGAGAUCGUUUCUGUCUGGGACAGCUGAGCAACGUCCAUCGCACUGCCACCAGCCACCGUGCUAGGCUUCACAUCGGUCGAGGAGUUCAAUUGGAGUGUCGGGGGGAGGGAGAUGUCUGGAUGCGUUGCCUUAGCGACCACUCUGUGUUCAUUCAGAGUUACUACCUGGAUCGUGAGGCCGGCCGAGCACCUGGAGAUGGAGUUCGUAAGAUCUACCCGGGAGCUUGUAUUAAGGUGUUCGACUUGCGGCAGUGCCACAGACAGAUGCAGCGGCAGGCAGCAGCAGCUCAGGCCACUAUGGUUGUUGGUUCGAUUCCUGGCCCGAACAGUGUAGGAGGAGUCGCCCCUGCUGUCGGUGUGUGCUCACUGGCAGGUCUGGGUGUGGACGACCUGCGUAGGUUGUGUAUCGUGCGUCUGAGCUUCGUUAAAGGUUGGGGCUGUGACUACCCGCGACAGAGCAUCAAAGACACCCCCUGCUGGCUGGAGGUUCACCUGCACCGGGCGCUGCAGCUUCUCGACCAGGUGCUGCAUAUGUUGCCACCACAAGAGCAUUCACUCUGACACCCCACAACAGGUGUGUGUGUGUCUGAGAGUGUGGGUGUUUGUGUGAUGUUUCUAUGAACCCUGCCCACCUCAUGCUCCUACACACAGGUGCAGGGGCGGCUCCUGGCAUAGGCGACAUAGGCGGUUGCCUAGGGCGCAAAAUGCCGAGAGGGUGGCACAAGAGACCGAUUUAUCAUGACGUGACACAUGCAAUGUAAACCAAUGCAUUAACGUCACACCAUCAUCCUCUAACCCCGGGGACGCACCGGAGGUAGAAGCACCGCGAAGCGCCACGAAAAGCUGUCCGCCUCCUUUCCGCGCCCAUGUUAAUCAAUUGGGCUGUUCACACUGGCAGUGAAGCGCCGGGAAGCGUCGCGGCCGGCUCGCGAUCUGCAGCGAUGGUUUCGGGGUCUGUUCUAUUUUUUCUGUUCACCGCGAGCGAAUCGGGCCAGAAAGCACACUGAAAAUCGAUAUUAAACGAUAUCAGUGAUAUAUUAUAUAGACGAUUCGAUUUCCCCGCUGUUCUCCUGGAGUUUCAAUUUCCUCUAUCUUUAAUUAUGUACUUAUUCCACAUUUGUCAGUUGUGUCUAAACAGACAGACACACACAAGCACACAAUCUCUUGUGGGGGGGUGGCGGCUAUAGGCUUGCGUAGGUCAGUCACCUGUGAAGACAAUCAUCAUUUACCCCUGAACCAGUGCGGAGAAAUGCGCUUCCUGUGUGAACAGCCAGGCGGCUGAAGGGGCGCUUGCAGUUUUGCGUGUGUAUGUUAGGGGGCGCCAAUCUGAAAUCUCGCCUAGGGUUCCAACAUUGCCAGGGCCGGCCCUGCACAGGUGUAAACAAACACUUCAUUGCUCAUUUGUUGGUUCAGGUACAGACCUCCAAGCUUCAGACAAUCAAUCAACAGCAGCGUCUCAUUCCUCCUGUCAAUCAAAUAAGUUUCCAUGGAUACCACUCACACAUUGGGAUUGGUCAGUGGGCGGAGCUUUAUACUGUUUAAACUCUUAUCUCCAACUUAACCUGGAGCAGGUCAGCUGUUCAGUGUAAGUUACCGUGGUGAUUUACCCUGAUAACAAGUGAACGAGCUUCGUAGGACUGAAAACUCAGAAUUAAACCUUAAGUUAACCUGAUAACCACAAAUCCUUCUUCGUAGUUCAGGGUCCAGGUCUCCUGAUGUUACAGGAAGUCACUGAUUUAUACAUCAGGUAUUUUCAAAGUAAAACUCCACAGAAUAAGAAAAGCUCACGUGAUCGUCUCAGUGUGAUCGACGUCUUCAUUGAUUGUGCUCAGACGUGACACUGAUCUUUUUCUCUGCUCAGUUUUCAGAUUUGAUUAUUUUCAUUUUCUUCUCCGUCGGUUUUAUUUACUUUUAUCUUAUUCUGAAGGUUUCUACUGUAUCAUUCAGUCGGUUUUAUAGAAACACAGUGAACAUUGAUAUUUAUUCUGAUUCAUGUCGAGAUAAAAACAUAAAGUCCCCUCUUUAAAAACCAUUAACUCUAAAAUGUCAACUAAAUGAAACAGGAUGUUUAUUUCUGGAAAUUAUUUGACAGUUGAACUUCAGGAAACAUGUUUAAUAAUAAAUAUUUGUAUAUUUAAUGAACUGAAGAAGUUUUGUAAUGAAAUAAGUGAAAGUUUCAGAUUCAAAGCAUCAUUGAACUUCACAGUUUAACUCUGACUGCUCCUUGAACAAGGUUUUAUUUAUGUUGACUUUUAUUGAUAAUCUACCAAAGAUUGAUUUCCUGCUCCUCAUGACAUCACAUCCUGUUUACGCUUUGACUCUUCAGUUUAAAGGCUUUUAUACGGAAAGUGUGUAUAACUCCCUAACAUCUGCUGUUUCUUCAAAAUAAACUUUUAUAAAAAAAAAAAAUGUUUCUUUAUUCAAGAAUUUUAUUAAUUAAUUAUUUUUUUAUGCUGAAUGACUUCAUUUUGAUUUGAAUCAGAAAAUAAAAUUUCCUCUGUAACAGAGGACUAGUCAUUUGACAUGUCAUGUCAAUAGAAAAUAGUUUAAUCAUUACUGUAUUAUUAACAUUUUUUAUUCAGAUAUAUAAAUUCACUGGGUUAAAGAGAAUACACACAGCAAACAUACCUUUAUAAAUUUAUAAUCUUCAGUCUGGAAAAGGCCGAGGGAACCU